AUGCAAUUCGUCUCGAAGAACCUCCUCCGAAUUUUCUGCGACAUUCGCGAGGUAGUUCAGGAAGCGCAGCCGCGUUUGAAGGCCGGCGGCGGUAUCACCGUCAGGGUCCCCCAUCAGGCUCAGAUCGAGGCCUUGAAGAGUAUCUCGCACAUCGCAGGUAUCGAGGUCAAGCUCAAUCUGCCGACGGCGGCUUCUCUUUGGGGGCGCGUUACGGGUGUUCAUCCGUCGGCGUCGUUCAUGGAGGGAGAUCUCCUCGAGCGUCUUCGACCGCAGGGAGUCGUUGAGGUCCUGCGAGAGAGAUAUUCAACUUGCGAAUCUGCAUCGGCCUCCGAGAACAAGAGAGUGCAGAAACCCUCGAGCCGCAUCCGUCUCAGAUUCGAGGGCGAGAUCAGGUCAGAGGUGUCGAUUGCACACCAAAUGUUCCGGGUGACCCUUUGUCCUGCGUCACCAUUGCAGUGCCUCACGUGCUGCGAGUUCGGACAUCGCGCAGCUAUGUGCCCGGAGAAACUCAACCCACGCUGCAGGAAAUGCGGAGCCCUCGGCCUUCAGCUUUGGCAGUGUACCGCCCGAGCGAGAUGUAUCAAUUGCAAGGGCGAGCACGCUGCUAAUGAUUCGAGAUGUCCCGUGUACCCGGUGUACGCCAAAGCUGCCCAGGAUCUUAGAGCGACUCAUCCUUGGCUCAUUCGCCUCAAUACCUAA